AUGGCUCGCAGCUCACAGAGCCGGCCCGCUUCCUCCGCGAGGCAGGCUGGUAAGUCUGCAUUGGAGAGCGUGAAGGAGAAGCAGGCGCGCCUUGCCUCGUCCACGGAUUUGAACCCCAUGGCCGAGCUGCUCGAAGACGCUCGGGCCCUGCAUGCGCAGUUGCCAGGCGCCGAGGACGAGCGUGCACUCAUCAAGGCCGUGGCGCUUGCUGUGCGAGUUGUGAGCCAGAGCUUUGUCGCUCUUUGCGACAAAAAUGCCCUGCAACUGGAGCCAAUUGACGAGCAUGGCCGCGUCGUCGUUGGUGAGGCGACGGACGCCGCUUCUCAGGUGUCUCGUUGGCUCAAGCAGCAGUGGAAUGCAUUUGUGGCACUUCUCACAGAAGAUCUUUUGUUUUCAGAUGCUUCGUCAGUGCGAAUGGUGGCGUUGGAAGUGUGCAUGUCGCUUCAAGUGGCGGCGUCCGAAUCCCAGCACCGAUGUGCCGACGCGCCCACUGGUCGCUGGUCUUCCACGCCUUUUCGUGCUCUCGUGCGCAACUUGCUCUGGCGUGACGUCCAUGAAGAUUUGAUGGAUGCUUUCGCUGAGGGCUAUCUCGAGACGUACGACGACGUGCGCUUUUUCUUUUGCAAGGAAGUAAGCCGGUGCCUCCGUGGUAUCACAGAUCUGUCCACCAAGAAUGCCAGUGUUCGUUCACAUACACGCUUAUGGCUGUGCCGCAUCACAGCGAUUCCCACUGAACCCUCGCAUCUGAACAACUUUCUGGUGCCGCACCUCUCCAAGGGGCCUGCCAAGAGGAAGAAACAAAAGGGCCAGGCCAAGCCAGUCUUGUCGGAAGAUGGCGACAGCGAUGAUGGUGAGAUCCCAGCCGCUCCUUGGGAAUCAGACGACGAGGACCCUAAAGAAAAUCCGACUACUGAUGCCCGCAAGCGAGGUCGCACUAGAUCUCGACACAGCGGACUCCUCAACGCCCUCCAUUCUCUCGGGUCUCAGCAGCAAGCUUUUUCGGCCGCAUGGCUUAGCCUCCUCUUACCUGCAUACCAAACCAAUAGCCAAGGCGAGACAGGCACAUUGGGUGGCGUCUUGAGUUUGGCUGAGACGCACGAUAUCCUUGUACGGCUGCACUCUCAGAUUCUUCCGCACCUGACCAAGCCCACCAUGCUGCACGACUUCUUGGUCGAUUGCCUCGAUUCAAAAGGCACGACUGCGCUGUUGGCGCUCAAUGGGCUUUUUACGCUCAUCGUGUAUCACAAUCUGGACUAUCCCGCCUUCUACACCCGACUAUAUGCGCUAUUGGAUGCGUCGGUGAUGCACACGCGUUACCGCAGCCGCUUUAUGCGUAUGCUUGACACAUUCCUUGGCUCCACACACUUGCCCGUGGCUAUCGUCGCCUCCUUCAUCAAGCGCGCAAGUCGUCUCUCCCUCCGGGCUACCCCGGCGGCGAUUGUGGAAAUUGUGCCUUUUGUCUGGAACCUGCUCAAACGGCACCCUGGGUGUAUGCAGAUGAUUCACCGAGAGUGGGAUGGUGACCACCUAGCGUUGGGCCCCAGUGGUGUGCAGGACGGUUUUAAUGCCCAUGAGACGAACCCGCUGCAUACGGGUGCCUUGGAGAGCUCACUAUGGGAACUUGCUUCGUUUGGCGCAUAUCGGCUAAGCCAAUCGAGCCAGCAGGGUGCCACAGUGGCCAGCGGCGGUGACACACACUACUUGGGCUCUGUAUCAACGUUUGCAUCAGUUCUUGCUGAGCCUUUCACUCAGCAGCAGUACAUGCUGGAAGACUUUCUCGACUCGACGUACUCAACUAUGUUCGAGACUGAAACCAAAAAGACACUACAGCGGCGUGAGCGUGCGAAGAAGCCGGUGGCACCACCCCCUGUUGCUCCUCUCGAUAUCACACUAUCAGUACCUGCUUUGCUAGCAGACAAAUCGGGUAACAUGGAGACGGCAGUUCGGCGCGAGACCCGGAAGCGUCUGCGCUUAUAUGCGUUCCCUUGCGAGGCGUCGCCGGCGGGUGACACACCUUUGGACGAAAGUCGCCGUGCCAUGCCCGUCGACGACUGCGCUAAGCUAUGGGACUUGUAA